AUGAAGUUAAAGACCUUGAUGAGGGGAGAGCGUGGUUCCCUCUGGUUGGAGAACAAGACCUGUAAUGGAGCUGGUGAGCCUUCUAGCGACCACGAGCCGCCGCGACGGAAGGAGUACGUCGCGGUGCCUUCGGAGAGCGAUGAGCAGCUCGUCCCAACCGUCGCAGGGGAAUCCCAGGGCGUCAAGAAAGAGCCGGGAGAGUAUCGAGACUACGAAGAGCCUCGUCGGGGCGACCACGGAGGCCUCGCCGCUUACCCACCUCGAGGGGAUUCGCAAUUUUUUGAAGAGCUCGAGUACCCGGAACCGUCUCAUCCCGGGGAUCAUAGCCAUCAGUACCAGGCUCGCGUCGAGGAACUGUUGCAGCGCACUCGGGAUUAUGUUCAACUACAACGGAUGUCGCAGUUUUACCAACAAGCAGCUGCUAUGCAAAUGGGCUUGUUACCCUACCCGUAUCCAUUCGUCGUUGGAGCGCCCGAUAUGUAUGCCCGAACCCUCUCCACUCCCAUGGUCCUCCCCAGUCCAAGCCAUCCACUCUAUAGGCCAACUCCGCAGGCAUCACCGAACACAGAGCUAUCUAACGUCUCAAGUGAAUUCUACGAUGAUGAAUCCCUUGAAAACGAAAGUCCCGUGCAAGAAAGAGUUCAGCCUCCGCAGGAUAGCCCCGUGUAUCCUUCUGUCCGGUCCGACAGCCUCCCGGCUUACCAUGAUGGGAGAUACAUCAAGCAGGAAAGCACCGAAGAUGCUCAACCCGAAGCAUCUGCGCUUCCGCAAGAAAUCCGUCUGCCAAUGGCGUCGCCCAAUUUUAUGAAUUCUCUAGUCGCAGGCUCUCCCUGGCGACCCGUUCCGGACAGCAUCGGCGUCCAAGUGAAAGAGGAAGAGAGAAGUCCCGUGAUCGGCCCGUUGCGGAGGACCCGGGCUUCCACUCGGGCCAAGAGAACGUCCGCUGUUUCUUUGGAUGAGCUAGACGAAGAAUCAAAAGUCAGCGACCGUGGAUAUUUCCCAAGGUAUUACGAGUGCGGCGCUUGCAACCUGCGAAUGCGUUCCCACCAGGGGCUCAACAAGCACUUCUCUUCGCACGGCUCCAACCUGCCCCACCUCCCGGCCGUCUGCGCCAUCUGCCGGCAGGCCCUUCCAAACGCCUUUGAACUUGACAACCACGUCCGCACACACGAUGACGCGGGAAAAGAGCUUCUACAGAGGCGGCGGGCGGAGAGGGGCGUCAGGAGGCGUCACGAGUGUCCUCACUGUGGGAAGUCCUUAGCCAAGCGGGACAGCCUUGUGGAACACAUGAGGAUACAUACCGGGGAAAAGCCUUACACUUGUGAGCAUUGUCAGGAGUCUUUUCGGUCUUGGUCGAUGUACUGGGAGCACAUCCGACGGCACAGAGGGAUGAAGUACAAGUGCGCCACGUGCAAGAUGGAGUUCAAGGACCAGUUCUACCUGCAGAUGCACAGCUGUAGUUUAAACGUCAUGCUAAAAGGAUGA